AAAUGAUAGCGUGGCAUCCAGGUGUCAUAACAAGAGUGGAUAAUUUCCUCAAUUGAAUCUAGAGAAAUGUAGAUAGUCAAAGCUCACGCCUUUGUAUGAUCAGGCGACUUGGGCUGGGGUGAUUUCAUACAGGACAAUGAGACACCAGCAAUUUUCAUGCUCAGGAGACAUGGGUGUCCUAGUUUUGAUGCUUUUAGGCCUUUUGAUCUCUAUCUCCUCCGUUUCGCUUGCUGCCCAACAGGAAGAAGCUGAGCAAUUGGUUUCCUCACAACCCAAACAAUGGGAAAGCAAGGUGAUAGAAGUGAAAGGAGGUCCAGAAUCAGUAAUAUGGGUGGUGCAGCUCUCUGAUCUCCAUUUCAGUGUCCACCACCCUGAUAGAGCUCUUGACUUCAAGAAAUUCGUUGGUCCUGCUCUUCAAAUGAUCAACCCUUGUCUUGUCCUCAUCACUGGUGAUCUCACUGAUGGAAAAAGCGAGGACUUGUUAAUAAUGAAACAAAAUGAAGAUGAGUGGCUAGAAUAUCAGAAUGUAAUGCAAGAUGUUGUGAAAAGAAGCGGACUUGACAAGAACAUCUUCUAUGAUCUCAGAGGAAAUCAUGAUAAUUUUGGAGUACCUGUUGCUGGUGGUUCAUUUGAUUUCUUUUCAAAAUAUAGCAUUAAUGGGCAACUGGGAAGAAGUGGAAAUGUCAAUAGUGUAACUGUUGAGACUGGCAAGCGCAAGCAUCUAUUUGUUGGAUUGGAUACUACAAUGUCUGUUGGUUUGCGGGGCCCAACUAACCUUUUCGGGCAUCCUACUGAUCAAAUAUUAACUCAAAUAGAUUCUCAACUAUCACAAUGGGAUCUUCAGAAUAAGCCCGUAACUAAGAUAUCCUUUGGGCAUUUUCCACUUUCAUUUUCAGGAUCCUCACAUUCUGGUAAGAGCCUCAAAGAUAUUUUUCUUAAUCAGUCACUAUCAGUGUAUCUGUGUGGGCAUCUUCAUACUAGGUUUGGUAAGAAUUUAAAGCGGCACCACCAGUCAAUUCAAAAUUUUUUGUCCUCACAGAAUCUUUUCCAGUUUAAUAUGCACCAAAUACCUUUCGGAAGUUAUAAAAAUUGUUCAUUUGGAGCUCUACCACCUGAGGAGUUCUGGGAAUGGGAGAUGGGUGACUGGCGGAAGAGUCGAGCCAUGCGGAUUAUGGCUAUUGAUAGAGGUCAUGUUUCAUAUUUGGACAUUGAUUUUAAGUCAGGAGCCAAAAAAACAAUUGUGUUGCCCACAUUUCCACUAGACUCUCGCUUCAUGUCAGCAUCUUCAUGGCAUCAAAAGUAUGAAUGUCAGCAUAUGGUCCCUUCAUCAUAUGAGACAGUCAGAGUUCUUGUGUUUUCUGUUUUUCCAAUUGUGUCUGUUGUUGCUAGGAUCUACGAUGCAAUUCCUGGAACUCUGAACUUGGUCUUGGAAACAUCCAUGACAAAAAUUGAGGGGGAUAUGUCCGGGGGGGACUUUUAUGCGGCUCCUUGGAAUUAUAGAGCCUUUGAGGAUCCAUCUCCUGAUAGAUUUUGGCUGCAAAUAGAAGCAAUUGACAUAAUGGGAAGAUCAACUUUAACUGAACUGAGGCCAUUUUCAGUAAAUGGACUAUAUGCUGAGGUCUCAUGGACGUGGAAGGAAUUUUUUGUUAUGGGUUGUCAAUGGGCUGCCUUGUAUUACCCAAUAUUUUGGUCUACUGUAUAUUUAAUCUUCUUAAUUCUGCUUAUUCCAAAAGUUCUUCUCAUAUUCUCAAGAAAGCAAUACUCCUACAAGUCUUUUAUUGUCGGAAAAGGCUUCUUAAAUGGUAUUAUAUGGGUUUUACAGGAACUCUGCUGGCUUCCUAUAGUAUGGUUUGGUACUUUAGGAUACCUAAUCUACCUUUUGUCAUGUCCCUGGUUUAUUGGGCAAGUUUUCACUGAUGGUGGGGAUAGAGGGUAUAUGACCUACAUGGGAUGGGUGGUGAGAUCACCCAACAACAGCAAAAGACAUGAAUAUAUUGGGUUUCCAGAUAUAAUGGUUGUCGUCCUUCCCCAUCUCUUGUUUGUGGUUUUGCCUGCAAUUUUUGUUGCUGGGGCAUUGGCUGCUGAAAGAGGUAUGCACAAGGAACAUUUUCUUUCUCUUUCAAGGAAGAAAGAAGAUGAUGAUUCCAGUUGGAAGAACAAGAAAUCUCAACUGAAUGAUAAUCGAGGAGGUAGACAACCAAAAAUUUAUUUUGGUCGGAGGUGGAUUCGAAAAUUUCUCUUGGUGAUUUGCCUGGCAAUCUGUUGGAAGCAUUUUAUGAAUUGCAGAGCUCUUAUGAAAGCUUAUGAGAUGAAUCCAUUGUUCCAUUUUCCGGCGUAUGGCCUUGCAAUUCCGGUGCUGUUGGCUUACACUGCUUAUCGAACCAUGAGGAUUUAACAAGUGCUGCAGAAUAUAAGCGUAGCUCGAUACCAUCAAACUUUAUUUAUAUGAUUCUGGAAAGCUAAGUUUUAGAUCCUCUGGAAUAUGGAAGAAGGUCAAUGAUAUCGGACACAAAACUAGUUCCAAAUGCAAACAGCGAAAUUUUGCUGCUAUGAGCUGUGCAUGGUGAAAUGAAUUCAAGUACGAGAACCACUUCUCCAACCAGAUUGUUACUUGGCUGAACUUAAAAACCGAUUCUAGGGGAAAUUUUAACAAAUAAAGUUCAAGUUCUUAUUAAUGUGGUGGGUUACUUGUAGCAGAUGUAGGUUUAGAUACAAUGGGACGUGUGCUCAAAUCGCAGGCCGCUAACAAUGAGACAAUGCACUGUUGAGAUGGAUGCAUGGCAGUUACACUAUCUAGCUGUCUUUACCUUUCUGAACUCUUCUGCAUUACUAUCUGUUGGAAAUUCAAGUUGUUAAAUUGCUGUUUAUGGUUUAUGAAAUUUACUUGAUCUAAGUUACAGAGUU